CUGUUUCAAAUAGUUCGAUUCUGUUUGUCACCAGAAGGUGUAAUACGUUAUCGCCAGGAGUCGGUUCUCUGUUCAACUGCUCAAGAUAUCUGCUUAACAACAUCCAAGUGAAGUUCUAAUUUCAAAAUGCCUCCCAAAUUGUCAAAAAAGCAGAAGAAGAUGUUGGCACUGGAAAUGGCUGAUAAAAAGAAACAGGAAGCAGAGAAAGAAAGGAUCAUGCUUAUACAGAAUGAGAAGCUGCGUAUUGAGCUGGAUAAGAAAGCAGCAGAGGAAAAGGCAGUGAAGGACCUGGCAGAGCAGAAUGUUCGCCUGACACAGCUGAGUGAUACACAGAGCAUGUUUGCUCACUUUGAGGGUCAGACAUGGCUUGAAGAAACCAGGGCUAAGGAGUUAGAUGAGUGGGAGCAGUACAUGAAAUGUGAUGGUCUACCAGAUCCUGCUAAUGUCCCACAAAUGAAUACAUUCCUUUAUUUGUGGAAGCAGGAAGAUGAUGACAUAGAAACUGUUGUCAAGAAGACAGACAUCAUUCUUGCUCUCCUUAAUAAACUUGAAGAACUGAUAGACAUGCCUACUGGUGUCAGUGGUCGCCAAGUAGAACACUGGAAAGAGGUGAGGAAUGACUUCCGUGCAGAGCAACAGCGUCAUCUGGACAAUGCCUGCUACAAGCUUUUGAGCAACAUGGAACAAUCGAUGACACUGACGGGGCUGAACGAGGCAAGCUUCCGCAUCAAGUCAAGUCACCUGCUACUGCUCCUGUGGGCUCUGCUGCCAUUGCCACGAGGUCAUGCUCCACCACCAGAUGAGCCCAAGCCCAUAAAGACAUGCGAGAUGAGUGAGCUCGGGCUGCUAGUGCAGUUGCCAGGGUCUUUGGCAGAUGUGGACCUGGUGGUGCGGGGCUUACAUGUCAACUACGACCACUAUUCUGACCUGAGUCCUUCCUGUGAGCUGAAGCAACAGUUCGAUGUUAAGCCAAAUGAUCUUCUUUCUGUGGUCAUUCAAGAAUGGGAACAAAAAGCUGCGCUGCAACUGAAAGUGGAUGAGGAUAUGGCAGAUCAUACUAGGCAACGCUGUGAGUUACUAGCUAAAAUGACAGCUGUCCCAUCACCACCAAAAACACCAUCUUCUGGUAAAGGAUCAAAGUCAGCUCCUGACCCUCAAGUAGACCAGCCUAACUACGUCAAGAUGCUCCAGGAGAUGCCUCCAGUAAAAACAGCAUCACAGCGUUUCCAGGAAGCUGAAGAUGAGGACGAAAAAAUGAUGAAGGAGAGUCUUACAUAUGUGGGACAACCCAGUGAACUGAAUCUUCGUAAGUUUGUCAUUCUUUCUGGUGUGCUACAUGUUGAUGUCAUUAAACAGUUACCUCAACCGCAGAAACUGCCGCAUGGGUGGAGUAUUCAUAUAGUGCCCUUACCAGCACAGCUACAACCAGUGGACUUUUGGGCUAGGUACCAACCACCACCACCACCAGAACCAGGGCAGAAGCGACUUCCAGAAGAUAUUGAAGCUGAGCUCAGAAAGCAAGAGCAAGAGUUGAAUGAACUUUCUCUCAUAAGUAUAGAGCUGCCUGAUAAUGUUCUGUGGUUUGAACCACCAACUGUGGUCAGGUGGGAUGGUGAGAAAGGUUUCUGGUCAACUGAAGACUGUCAUGACACAAAGUUUAAUGAAGAUAAGCAGGUUAUAACAUUUAGGCUUGGGAGGUUCGGUCCAAUAGGCCUUGCUGCUUAUCGCUACUUUAAUCUCCCAUACCAGUCUUGGGAAAUGAAACCUGACCUCAAGAAUGGGGGAAUAAUAUUGAGCAUAACAGCUACAGUUGUCAUUGUGGAGUUUCAUAUAAAGGGGGACAAGGUGUGCUUAAAUGCCCUGCAGAAUGGUGCAACUAAUGCUCUGCAAGAUAUUGUUGGGACGUACUUCAAACCAUAUUUUCUAAUUAAGCAGAUGAAAAGAGGGGGAGUUGACAUCUUCCCACCAGUUGAUGCCUUUUGUUAUGUGGAAGGUUCUGCACCCAAACACUGUGUGGCAGAGGACCACCUGUAUCACUGCAUGGCACAUGCUUCUAGUGUUUACAACUUUGCCUGGAGUCGCUGGAAUCUGUUGGCUGGGAGACGUAAUAUGAUAUUACAGAUGCGAGAGUAUCUUGACCGUAGGAGAUUAGCAAACCACAGUACUCUGCAUGCAACGCCUCUGAAAGCCACCCUUGUUGACUGCACCGAGUUCAGCCAGUCAUUUGUAUCAGAAGUAGUUCCUGGCCUAAAGUUUUAUGCAGAUCUUUAUCACUUGCUGCAACAUCAGGCAUCACCACAGGCCAAAAAAAUAAUGAAGGAUGUUUCCUAUUCUCAAGUGCACACGGUGCAUGAAAUGCUGCAAAAAACAAGAGUGCUCAGCUAUUCAUGAUUAAUUAUAAAUGAUUUACAUUUAUAUUUGUUUUAUGUUUUAUAUAAUGUGUAAUGCAGUAUAUUUGUACAGCAUUUUAUUAUACAGUCUUGUACUUUAUUGCUCAACUGAAAA